AAAGGAAAUGUGUGUCCAAACCAAUUUACUUGUAACAUUUGCAUUGUUUCUCUAAAAAGAACGAUAACAAACUCUUUAAUAAUAAUAGUUUAAUUAAUAUAAUAAUAAAAUACUACUAAAAAUAAUUGCAGUAAUGUAGCCUAAGUUUCAUGUUUAACAAAUGGUAUACUGCUUAGCCGCCUUGUUCUAUUAAAGUAUUAUUCGCGGCCGCACCAUUCAUCGAAGCCGAAAUGUACAUGAUAAAAAUACCAACUCGGGGCCGAAACAACCCUACACCCUUUUCGACAGUACCGCGCCUGACAUCCGAGGUGCGUUUCCGAGGUAAAGCAACGUAAAAUAUUGUUAAAUCUUUGCAAUAAACCAACAGUGUAAUUCAAAUUUUACAUUAUUAGAUAAAGUCAUGCAAAAUUUCAGAAGGGUACAACAAUUUAUUGCCAAGUUGCAAACAUGCAAACUUUAGCUCUAUUUUUCUCGAAAAGUGAAAAUUUCAAGUUACCUUGUUUUGCCAUGGAACGACCAAUUUGUGUCCAGCCCUGAUAGAAAGAUGCAAAUCUUGUAUUCUGGUUACAUUUAGGGCCUAUAUUUAUAUUUAGGAAUGAGUUGAGAGGUGAGGGCCUAUAGUAGGUUGCCUCUGACUCCAGUGAUGGUUGCUUGCUGUGAGGUAAAUGAAAUAACAUUUGGAUAGACCUACUGUACUGCUAAAAGUUGAGGCCCAAUAAAACAAAUUAUUAGUUAUCACCCUGUCUUGGCUGGAAAAGUGAUGAGGGAGGGAUGCUUUUUAUUUAUAUUUUUUAUUUCUGUAAAACUAAAUAUCACCUUUGUUGUUUACUGUUGCAUAGAUAUACAAGGUAAAGUACAUGAUUGAGAUAAUUUAACUAAGUUACUAACAAAAUGAAAAAUAAAUUUAUGGGAAAAAAAAAUGUUAUUAAAUUUUUUUUUCUGAAAUGUUUUUAGAAUACUUGCAGGUGAGGGAAAUAAGUUAAUUAUUUUUUUUAUCAGGCCUUAGGCUUCCAGAACAUCAGAACUACAGUAGUUUGCAUGCUGUGAUCUAUGAUUUUCAAAAAUCAUUCUUAAUAGCAUAACAUGUACCGUACUGAAAUGUGCUAAUGAAGGAAACAUUAAGUUAGCUGCCUAGACAUUGUACAGAAAUAUAAAGAAUGAUUGUACUGUAUUCAACUAUGUUUGAUGGACAUAGGUGAUAAUGUUUGUAAUGUUAAUAGUUAACCAUUCAAAAUGUAUUAUGAGUAUAAAUAUUAUUGGUAUCAUUAUACUAAAUGCUAGUAAAUAGAUUUGACGUAUUAUUUGUCUCCCUUUAUUUAAAGAAAUACCGUCUGUGGUGAAAUCUCCAAAAAAAAAAACAAAAAAAAAAAAUUUGCUGUAUUGGAAUCUAAAAAGAUACUGGGUAUAAAUAUUAUUAUAAUUUCAUCACCUUAAAAUAAAAGCACCAAUUUAGUAACUGCUAAUGAAUCACACUUCCAAGCAAUUGCUAAUAAAUCACACAUUCAAACAAUUUUGUAUGUUUUUUUUUAAUGUUUGAAUUAGUUACAAAACAAGCCAAUUCAAAAAGAAUAUUGAAAAUUGGUAUAAUAUGUACAGUAAACACUAAUUGGUAACGAACAGUUUUUUUGUGUCGUUCUAAUUUUCAAUUAACAAAGCAUUUACAUAGCACAAAGUAAGCUUUAAAUAAUAUUACCAGUAUUUAUUUUAUUUUUUGUUCAAGUUGAAAGAUCAUCACUACCGUUCUUUUUUUAUUUUUCAUGAGAAGCAUCCGUGAUUGUCACAUACAACAGCUGUAUUAAUAUGACAUUCUGUCAACCAAAUACCAAGACAGGAACUUUAUUUUUUUGUGGCAUAAUGUUAAGCCAUUACUAUCUCAUACCUACUCUAUCAAUGCCCUGACCAACCCUAUUGAUUAAUGCCUCUGCUGCCAAAUGUUUCCAUCUGAUUUUACUGAAGUACUGUACGUUUAAUACAUUUAAUAUGGAUAGCUGGGAAAUACAGUAUUAUUUUUUACGUAAAGUUAACUUACUGUAUUUCCAUUUAAAUUUAAUUGCAGGUUUUUAUUGCAGUUUUUUCAUGCGUAUCUUUGGUUUUCGAUCUUAUUGACAUUUUUUCUUACUUAUCUUUGCUUUCACAUCUUAUUGCAGUUUUUCAAAUUUCUUCAGUUUCAUCAGCUCAGAAGGACCCCCACCUUUAGUGGAUUAUCCUUGGUGUGAUUCACACAAAGGUUACACUUGUCCUGACCAUAAAUCUAAUGAAUGAUUUACAUUUUAUUUUGUUACUUUCUGUAAUGAAACAAAUUAUUUCAUGACAAUCACUAACCUGCCGAUUUCUCAAUACAAUAAACAAAAAUAAAGGUAGCUAUCCUAUGUUCCACAAUAUGAAAAUUGAUGGGUGUGAGAUAAUUAGCAGUAAUCAAAUUAAGACUAAAUUGCAGUGAUUAUUACAGUUAUUGCACACAGGAAACUUUUUAGAAUUAUCCUGAUCAGUAUUGCUUAUGAAUAUGUAUGAAUUCCAUAAUGAUAUGCAUGAGUCACUGCCAUUGCAGUAAUGAAACUGUGGCACGGAUUUUAAGUACAGUAUUGGCUAUUACAGUAAUAGGAAGUCUUUAUUGCUUGUCAUGUGAUCAGCCUAAGAGCUUUUGAGACAGGUCGCUUCAGCGUUAGUUAGAAAAAUACAUUAGUCAUGAAAACAACUACAUUAUACUCAGUUGAGUUUGUUUUCAUGCAAAGGUGAUAGAAACAGCUUUUGGAAGGGAGGCGUAUUUAAGUUAAGUCUUAGAUGUUGGCAGUCACAAUGCCACAACGGAGCCUGGUGUGGCCAUUCCACUGGUCACCACUGAUGGCUGAUAAAAUAUUGAUACCAUUGGCUAUGGAUACAGAACUCACUAGUGGAUCAUCAGUGGACAAUGAGAACACCACUUUGUCCCAAUUGCUAGAUGAAUUCCAAGAGGAUGAAGAAACUAGCAUGGCUCCUCUGAAUGGCAUCUGUGACACAGAAAAGCUCAUCUCAGUCCCAUUCUUAAAUGGAAGUAUGGAGAUGAACAAUGACAUUUUGGAUCUCUCAAAACCACUUCAGAUUGAAGGUCUGCAGCAUGGCAUCUCUAGCAUGAGCCUUGAUAGUCUAAAUAAUGAUACUUUCGUUGAUGCUUUAGAAGUGCAAUCAGAAGUGGAUGAUCCAUGCUUAAGUGGGAUGUCAGAAUUAAACUCAUGUCCAGAUGGUGAUGUUGAAACUGAGAAGGAUGAGCUCAAAGGGAAGGACCAGCAAAUACUGAAAAAAAUGGACAGUCCUAACCAUGAUGGUAGAAAUAUUGACAAUGAGUCUGAAACAAAAAGACAGCUUCCAUUAGAAACUGUUGGAUCUGACUCCACCACGGUGUCAGCUCUCUCAAGAAGUCCAGAGAGCUACACAACAUUAUACAAAGCAUUUGAGAUUGCACAAGAGGAAUCAAUUGGCACUGACCACUGUGACAAACCAAAGGAAUCUACACUUGAUAUACUGAACAGAACCUCACCAAAACUCCAAAGAGUUGCUGUAAGGAAGGCAAAGAUCAAUCCAGGUAAUCCACCUAUUGCCAUUGAUAAUCCUGUUGUCAUUGAUCAGAAACAAGUGGUUAGAACUCCUCAGAAACUAUCACAUUUGCAAGAUUCCAGUUUAAAUUUAACUUGGAAAAAUACAGGUGAUGGCCAGACUGUGACAACUUUUGCAGACAUUUUGCAAAAGAAGGGAACCCCAAGUCCUAAAAGUGAAAAGGCUAUGAACAUAGCAAAAAGCAAUGGUAUACACUGGACAGAAUUGAUGCAGGAGAAGAGUGACUCUGAGACAGAUUGUAUUGUUCGACGUAUACGGAAAACGAAGAGAAUCCCUAGGCCUAAAUCUCUGCCAAUACAACUUAGACAUAUUCGAAGGCCAGCAUCCAGACCACUCAAAACUCCUGAAAAUAAACAAAGCAAAGCGUAUAUAGAUUUUCUUCAAUCACACGGUAACAUGAAUGUGACUGGUGAAGAUGAGAAGUCUUUGGCAGUGAUUUCUUCUCACCAAUCAGCACCCACCCCAGUUGCUAUGGAUACACAUACAUCACCAUCAUGUUCACCACCAUCGUUGUCCUCUCUUCCAUUUUACCUGAAAAGACCAAUUUGCUGCAAUAACACUUCAUUAACUAUGGACUUACAUCUCAGAGAAGCACCAGAUGGUCUUAGUGAGUCUCCCAACAACAAGCUGAAUCUUCUGACCUCAAAGAAAGAAGAAGACAAGAUAAUUAUCAUUAAUGAUAAUGUAGAUAUUAAUGCAAAUCUGAGCCCAAAAAAUCAUUUAGUGAAAGAUGAAAGAAGUGAUAUUUUUUCAUCCGAUUCGGAAAGUGAAGAAGAAGUAAGUGAUACUUCAGAAGAUACUGCUUCUCCUAUUGAUUUUGAGACUGAUAUUUCCAAGAAUAUAAAGUGCAAUGGCCAAUCAGAAGGAUUGUUACUUAACAGCGAUUAUGACUGGGUAAGUCUUGAGUCGGUGUUGAACCCAUCAUUCUCUUUGGAUAAUCAAAAUCAAAAAGAAAUAAAGGCAACCCCUCAACCUGUGCAAGAAGUACAUCAAGCUACUUACGACAGCAAUGGAAAUUCCUUGAGUAAGCUUAUGCAUGACAAAAGUGAGGACAUCAGAUUACCUGUAAAUGAUAAUGCAGAUAAGAAGUUUUAUCAGCAGUCAGAGGAUCACACCAACUUCUGGCUAAAUCAAACUUAUAAUGGAAACUCUGAUAAAAAAGAUACACAUUUGGCAAAUAAUCAUUGGAAUAAAUUUGAUUACGUAGAUGCAGAGGAGACAUUUCUACCAUUGGAACCUCUUCCAGAUUAUGCAGAAAGUGAAUCUAUACAACCAUCCCACAUCACCACUAGAUGUUUCUCUGACACGCUGUCAUCUCCAUCAGAGUUGGAUGCAGAUGCUGUCUUUUGUGACGAUAAUGAAAGCUUUUACCUAAGCCUUCCACCAAGUCAUGACAAUUCUAUUAUAUCAUCGUGCUAUAGUAAAGAGCAUUCCAAAACUUUGAAUUCCAAUGGAGGCACAGAAACUUCCUCCACAAGCCUUUCAUCAUCCCUUUCGUCACUGGCAGAGCUUCAUGCCUGCAAGCACACUGGCGCUUCCGACUCAAGAAGUAACAUUCCAUUGCUGAAGAAAGGUGAUGGUGCAAGAAAUCCAACAGUGGCAAAUGAAACUCAAACCGAUUACAUUUGCUACAGACCAAUGAGAAAACUCUCUGAAGCCAGAUUCCUGAAACAUAAUCUCCAAGACCCUGCAAAAGAUAACAGACACUUGAAGCAGUUUAUACCGGGUAAAUUGAUCGCACCCGCUCAGAAGUCAUCAGUGAUAUCCCAUCCUGAAUCUGCAGUCAAACCAGCUCAAAAUCGAAAUCCAAGAUUGAUUUAUAAGUUACUUGAACAAUUGAAAGAACAAGCAGCUGAAUUAGAACUAAAAAGGUUAAAGAGAAAUUCUAAAUUCCCUGUAUCAAGGCAGGCUACUAAUAUCCGUGCUGCUCUCAAAGGAAAAGAAGCAACAUCGACACAUGAACUCAACCAUCAUACUGGAAAAUCAAGAGGAAAUACAUCCCAAGAAUGCUCUCAACUUCUUGAGAAUACUAUUCAGUACAUUAACCAUCGACCAUUAAAACCUAUUCAUGUCGUAGAUGCAGACUACCGUUGGAGAAAAGCUCAGAAAGACAUUCAUUCAAGGAGGAACUCAAGAGGAUAUUAUGAACCAAUGUACAUGACUGAUGGUUACCACACACUACCUGCAAUGCUCAACUGGUACAAGAACCACCAGAAUAUAUACACUGACCAAUCAUGCACCAGCUUCAAAAGACAGUCACCAAUUAGAAACCAGAUGACAGAUUUGAAAAGUGAUGUUUCUCACAGAAAUGGAAAGGGCCAACGGAAGAGAGAUGCCACUAAGAGUAUGGCAAUAGAGGAUGCUGGCAGUGAGCAUGGGUUUGAUGAUUGGCAGGAUCUUGAAGGACCAGAAGGUCCGCCACAAGACAUCACUGUUUCACCAAGAGAUAAAAAACAAUCAAGUAAAUUAUAUGAACUUGAUAUGGUGGUAAUGAAAGGUUUAGUUACAGCUGUUGGUUCUGCUGUGGAUUUAAUUCUUGAUCACUUUUCAAGGGCCUCUAAAGGAAAACCUCAAGAAAAGGCUGUUCUUGGAGACACUGUACGAACACCAACCAUUGGGUUUCUGGUGCUGAAUCAUCUGUGCCCUGCCAUCGCCAACAUCAUCAAAGAUGGCAUGAAACCAUACAUCAGAAAUUUCAUCAUUGGUAGGAUGAAGAACUCCAUUUGGCAGGUGGUUGAAGCUACCACUGAACUUGGUCCUGGUACCAGGUCCUUAUAUGAAUUGGUGUGUCUCAUACAAGAACAAAAGUCCUUGUCAACAGAUGCUCUGAAGUUCAAUGCCUUCAUCUUUGGACUUCUCAGUGUCUCUACAUUAUUACAUGGGAGUUUUAGGAGGAACAAUCAUGUAGGAAUUAUGGUGACAAGUCUUAUUGAUAUGGCCUUAUAUGUCUUCAAAAACAGGGGAGGGAGUACUACAGUGUUACGUCACGAUACCACGCGAUACCACUCCGUUUCUAUUGGCGACACAAAAUGCGUUCAAGCGGAUGCCAUUUUCUCUACUGACAAACCAUUGAUUCCAAUUUCUAACGCUGUUCUUGGAGACACUGUACGAACACCAACCAUUGGGUUUCUGGUGCUGGAUCAUCUGUGCCCUGCCAUCGCCAACAUCAUCAAAGAUGGCAUGAAACCAUACAUCAGAAAUUUCAUCAUUGGUAGGAUGAAGAACUCCAUUUGGCAGGUGGUUGAAGCUACCACUGAACUUGGUCCUGGUACCAGGUCCUUAUAUGAAUUAGUGUGUCUCAUACAAGAACAAAAGUCCUUGUCAACAGAUGCUCUGAAGUUCAAUGCCUUCAUCUUUGGACUUCUCAGUGUCUCUACAUUAUUACAUGGGAGUACAAAGUGUUUGGAAGUGUGGUUAAAUCAUAUCAGACGUCAUCCCGAUAUUGUGAAGAGCUACUUUGAUCAGAAUGCGUUUUUGAGCCAGUGCAAUAGAAAGACAAGCCAACUCUUUAAUGACUUGCUGGUUGCUGUGCAGCCACUCUCCUUACUCCCUUUUAAAUUGGCUUUAGACUUUGAAUUAAAGUACACCCACAAAGAAACUUACCUCACUAGAGCAGAAUCGUUAAUGAAUGAGCCACAGUCAUUAAUGUCGCUCCCUUGGUUAGGGAGAAGCAGCAUGGGGUCUUUGCCACAAAGGAGCACAGGGCCUAGAUCAUUGCCACAAAGAAGCACAGGGCCUAGAUCAUUGCCACAAAAGGAUGAAGGACAAGGAGCAUCAUGGCAGAGUUGGGCUAACCCAUCUAGCCUCAUAGGCUCCCUUAAGAGUCGUAAGGAACAAUCUCUUGGAAUUGGUGUUGAAUCCAAAAAAGGGGAAACACAACAUAAAAAUUCUGAUUCUUCAUGGAUGAGAUCUAAGGAGUUGUUAAAGACUGCUAUCGUCGGUAGAGAUAAUGCUAUUAUAAAAGAAAGAAAUCGCAAAUCGUACCUAAAUUCUGCCAACAGUGCGACUCAUAGAUGGAGGGAGAACAAAACAGAAGGGGGGCAAACAAGAGAUAAGACAUUCCAGACGCAAAGAAGAAGUGCAAAGCAUAACAGCAUUUCAAAUACAGUAAUUGAAGGAAACCAAAGAACAGAGCAAGUAAGAUCACAAAUUGGAAGUAGCAAAAGUUGGUCACUUGAUUGGAUGACGGAAGCAGUGAGCAAGAAAUUAUAUGGUGUAGAGUCACGCAAAGGAGAUACAAAAUAUCCUGUCAUUGGUGCUGUAAAAAGCAAUUCAACGCAAUUGCAAAAAACCAGUCAAUCAGAGGGACUGUAUGAAAGGGAUUAUCCUUCAGUUUCUGUGAUGGACAAUAUUGGAUCAAAUGUUAUUAAAGCAUUUGAUUAUAUGCUGCUUCCAAAAGCUCCAAAAGAAAUCCAAAUGGUAGAAAUGAAACGUUCUAGACCAAUGCAAGAUGAAACACCAAGGACGCAAAUAACACCACCAGUUGAUGAAUCAAGGACAGCACCCUCAUCUGAUAAAGCAAGAAUUCAAACAGCACCACAAAGUGCUUCCAAAACUCAACAAAAUUCAGUGAAAACGAGGUGUCACAAUGUAUCCAUGGAACAAGGCUUUUUAAGUUUCUCCAAGGGAGAGAUAUUAGAAAUAAACCAACAAAUUGAUAAAGAACUAUUGCUAUGUUCCAAAGGUACGGAAACAGGACUGGUAUACGAAGCCCAUGUUGAAAUAAUCAAGCAGGAUCAUUGAUGAAAUACAAAUUAAUUGGAUUGUGCAAGACUACUGUACUAAGAGUAAGAGGCAUGAUCUCAAUCAGAUGAAGAGGUGAAAGGAUCCAGGAUUAUUUGAAGGGGAAGAAUUCAGGAGUAAUGGAAAUUGGAAAUAGAAAGAACUAGUAUUGGAAUGAAACCAGGAAUAAAAAGCACUUAGUGUCACAAAUUUUACAAACCAUGGAAUGAAAGAAUAGAGAAAUGGAAUGAGAAAAUAAAAGCACUUUGGAAGGAAACCAGGAAUGGCAACACUUUAAAUGGAAUGUAGAUUGACAAAUUUUAUGUAAUUUGAAUCUGGGGAAACAGAAAUGAAAUUACCCAGAAAAAAAGAACAAAAGAAAAAGCAUUACUGAUCGUGGGCAGUGCACUCUUUGCCCACACUUUGCCCAUGGGCAAUCAUUCAACGAUUUUAGAAAAUCUUAAAAAUUAUCGAAAAUUAUAUUGAUUUAAAGCUGCUCAUUUAACCAUUAUAGGUCAAAAUUGUAAAACGUACACUACUCUACACUAUGGUAGUAAAUCCAGAAAUAGUGAUGUUGCAUGGUGGCUGCGUUCUCUCCGGGAGGGUCGACCUCAAUUUCUUUUUUUAUGAUACAGUACAAUACAAUGCAGUUGGUGCUCACGGUCUGUAUACUACAGUACAGCAUACCAAAAACAGUAUGAAGGGAAAUAUAGCCAUGGGCACGCGUGAAUCGAUUACAGUCUGCCUAUGGACAGCGCGUCCGACAAAGUGCACCGCCUGUGAUCGGUACUGUAAUUAUAAUUCAGGAAUUAAAAAAAAAAAAUCAAACAGUAAGCAGGAAUUAAAAAUGAAAAAGAUAAUACAAGCAACCAGGGGAAGAAAUGGGAAUUAUAUCGACUGAAAAAUUAGGAUUUCUGUCUAAUAUUUUAUAGAUGAUAAGGUUUUGCAGUAGAUACAGUAUGAUAUGAUAUAAAGGAAUAUACCAAAUCAAUUUUGGGACUAAUUUAUUAACCUGGUGUCUUUCUAUGUAUAUUGUGGUUGUAUAUAAAUAGUGUAAAUUAUCUACAGGAGAAACUGUUUAAAUAUAAUUUGGUGCCAGAUUGUACUUAAUUUUUUGUUAAGUUUAUUUUUUAAGCACUCUAAAAUUAAAUCUGAAAUAUACUCAACAAUCAACAGCUUAUUAUAUGUAAUUACUGUAUAUAUAAUAUAAUUAUAGUAUAAUAAUAAAAUAUAAAUCUCAAUCUUGAAACUUUGCAACGGUCGUUGGCUGACGUGAUUCUAUGGAGAACACAACACCACGACGCGCACUCAACAGAUCCUUAAUUGCGAUCCGUUCAGACUGCCACCAACAAUCAGCAGACGGUGUCACAUCGUUAAUUUCUGGGAGACAAUUUACAAUUGGGAAAAACAAUGGGAAUAUCAUAAAUUUGCGGGAGAUAAAUUGGUUUCCAGAAGAUUCUUGCUUGUCUAUGGAAAUGCCGGAGGCCGCCGCAGUUUCCUGGAGACUCCCUUGACACAAGGGAGACUAGGGACACCUUUGUUAAACAUCAAUUAAAUUUUAAAUAAAUGUAAAAUAAAAUUACUUAGUAUUAAGUUAUUAGCUUAUAUAUUAAAUAUAUUUUUCUUUCCAUUUAACUUCACUAAAUUAAAACCAUUUCUGUAUUAGUUGAUUAUAUCCUUGAAUUGGCUACCAGUAAGGAUUUUUUUCUUGUAAUAAAUCUCUUUUUUUUAAAUUUUGAUGGAGCAAUUAAAUCGUUUAAUUUUGGUUUUCUUAGUUUAUACCCAAGAAGGAAAAUUCUGUAAAUGUAUGAAGUUCUUAUGAAUAUAAAAAUUGACUUUUUUAACAUUAUAGUUAUAAACAUAUUAAAUAUGUAUUUAAAAUUCUCAUUUGAUUGAUUGAAUCAAGAUAUUAAACAUAUGGUAUAUUUAAUAUUCAAAAUUUAUUCAAUUAAAGUGUUGUUUUUUGUGAUUAAUAUCAUUAAGUUCUCAAGAAUAUCCGAAAUAGAUUGUUAUAAUAACUAAUCAAUUUUAAAUUUGGCUACUUCUUCACCACAAAAAGUUCUAAAACUAAAGAGGGCGGCACUAUACAGGCCUUUUCUUAUUGAUGAAAUAAAAUUGGCAUACUUUACAUUGUAGACAUGGGCUUUCUACUGUACAAGUUUUUAUUUAAAUUUAUAACAAAAUAUUUGAUUCAUAGGGUAAAAUAUGUACAGUAAUAGCCUGUGAUGGCAAGUUAUAUCACUGUUAUUAUUUUAUAAGUGAAUUGUUUUUCCAGUACUGUAUAUUAAAUACAUUUGUUACAAGCAAUUAAAAUUUAUCCUAAAAUGUAUUGACAGUGUGAAUAGCUUAAUACGCAACCAAAGUUAACGCAUGUAUCAUUUGUAGCAAUUUAUCUCAGUUUGUCUUGCCUGUCAUAGCUCUUGUCACUCUGUGUCUAUUCGAGAGGGUCAUAAUUUAUUUAAAGUUAGUCCAUCUUCUUUAUCACUGGCCCCAAUGGGGAAAAAUAGGUCCCCAAACCCCAGGAAAAAUCACCGAAAAUCUGGUUUUAUGUUUUAGCUAGAGUAUUUAGGCCCACUUGCAAUUACAGCCCCAGGAUCCACAGCCCUUUAAUCCAGCCCUGCUUGCAUUUAAAACAUGCUAGCUUUACAUUAUAUUUGCAACUAAGUUGUUGUCAUCUUAUUGAUCCUCAUUAAAGAAAGCCAGCAUUGUUUGUAGUCCAGUUUAUUAAAGUUUUCUGUAAACACAUACCACAGAUAUACAAGCCCAGAUCGUAAUUCGCUUUGGAGACCAGAUGUAGGACAAAUUAUGCAUAGCAUGAGGUGAAGUUAAAUUGUAUCUAGUAAUUUUGCUAAAGGUGUAUAGUAUAGUAGUCAGUCCCGUAACUAUGCUUUAUAUGUAUACUAUUUCUGUUGCCUUAGUUAUCCAUUAUCAAUAUGUGUGUGACAUGUAUUAUACUGUAUAACUGAAUAUAGUUGUUACUAGUUGAUGUAUGUGCAAUAGUUUCUAACAACAUUUUUUGGUGGAAGUAUUUAUGAUUGUAACUUUCUCAAUUAUGAAAAUAAAGAAACUGGAAAAAGUU